AUGUUUGACAUUUUCCUGGAUUCUCUUGAGCCUUUGGAAAGAAAUAUUAGCUUGUUUAAUCUAACAUCUCAAGAGUCGGCAGACGUGCAUGUGAAGGAUAUUUUUUCUUCAGAAUCUAUAAACGUGGAUGAGGUUACAUCAUUUUCACCUAUUACUAUUAAUCCAGCUUUUGAUUUGUCUACUACCACUGGCCAAGAGAAUCCCAAUCAUAAUUCGUUUUUUUCUAUGAAUAAUUCGGUCGAAAGUGGGGAGUCACCUAUUCCUAUCAAUAACCUGGUGGCAAGUAAUAGUCCUACUACUACACCAUUUGGAGAAACGGGUCAUAUCCCCUUUACGAAUGACUUGGAAGCUAUUAACACUUCUAUUUCAUCUUUAAACAUGUUUUCUGAAUGGGUUCCCUCUGAGCCCUUUAACAAUGACAAUUCCUGGAUACAACAUUUGCCUUAUUCUUUACCGAAGAGUGAUGAAAAAGCUAUUUCUUUGGCAAACGAAUCGUCCCGUUCUGCACAAUACCCUUAUUAUAAUGAUAAUCUUAGGAACGAUUCGCUUGUUUCCUUACAAGACGACAACAACACUAGUACUUCUUUUGUGAGUCGAGAUGAAUAUGAUUCAUCCGAUUAUUUGAGUGAGAUUUUCCUGCCGAUUCCCAAACCUGAUAGUAUUCCUUUUCCGGAAAACGAUAAUAUGGAUGUGAAGUCGAAUAUGAACAUCCAUUAUCAGCAAUUUUCAACCAGAGAUACUAAAAAGAAAUCAUUGUCCUCGUUACAUGCUUUUACUGCAAUAACAGAGAAUCAAAAAGAUGCUACGCCUCUUCCAAGACCCAUUCCUCCAGCUCCAGAAGAGAAAAAGAAGACGAAGAAGAGAUUGGAGACUAACAAAAAGCAAUUGCACAGGAAGCGAUUGAAUUUCUCCGGGAAAGAUGAAAGAAUAUUGAUAAUGAAGUGGAUUUCUAAAUUAUAUGGCGGGUCAACGUAUAUUGAAAGUGCUGGAGCACUGUUUAAGAAGUACUAUGAUCUUCCGUUACAGAUCGGUACACGAGUUCAUACUUAUGUCAGAGAACUGAAUAUGAAUGUGACAAUUACUAUUGGAAGAACAGCAACCAAUUUAUAUCAUAGCUUUAAUUCUAUGAAGAAUAGGCCCGAACUGUUUACAUUGUAACAUGGGAUAUUAUACAAUUGUUUUGUUCGCACAUUUACGUUUGUUGCUUUUGGAUCAAUAUUCUUUCUCUUUUUAGGAAAGUCCUCUUCUCCUUUUUUCACCAUUAGAUUAGAAGAAUACAAUACUAUUUUGUCAUUUACAACAGGGUAUACUGUGUUAGGAAUGCAGUACUUCGAAUGGAUUAUAUGAUGGUUGAUUGUUGAAGGAUUCGCAUUAUAGAAGAAUAGUAGAACUGGUGUUUUAAAAUAUCAAAAAUGUGAUUA